AGUGAAGCAUGUGAAUGAACCCUCACUUACAGUUCGUUUUUGCCUUUCUUACAGUUCGUCAUCAUCACCACCAUCAACAACAACAUCAAAAUCAAGAAGAAGAGUAUUAGGAAAACGCCAAUAAACAACAUUGAAUACUUUCUCUUCAUUUUUCCCUCUCUUUUUGUCCAAUCGUUCAACAUGUCUGAUGGUUAAUCUUGAAGUGUUCAGUUACUAAAUGAAUUUUAAAAAGUCCAAGUGCGUGUUUUUGGUUCAAAGAGAUCAAUCAACAUGGAAUAUAUGAAACCAAAUGGAAUAUAUUACAUCAUGUGUUUGGAAUAUUGUUUGUUAACUUAAUCAUCUUAAUCUACUUUACACACUCUUGCCGUCUUGCUCAUCUGUGAAUUAUUAUUUGUUUUUUUGCCGUUCAACUCUAACUUUUGCCUUGUCUACCAGCUUUUGCUGGUUUAACCAAAUAUUAUCACUUAUACAUAAUAAUUUUACAAAUUAUUAAAUUUAUAAAUUUAUAUUUGCUAGUUUAUGCCUAAAUGAUGAGUCUGUUUCAAGAUUUAAAAUUGAAAAGGCGCAAGACAUCAGUCCAAUGUGUCGCCUCUUCGGUAACUUCAUCUUUCGUCGGUUCAACUGGACAUGGAUUGCUCCAAGCUUCCGGAAUUAUUCCAGUCUCUCUCGGAGCUGUAGUUGGAUCGACGACUUCUUCUUCCCUAUCGGCUCGUCGGUCCAAUUCAUCAUCUUCAUCAACAUCAUCCACCUCCUCAUCAACCAAUUCAUCGCCCUUUGAUUUGGACCUUGAGGGAUGCCUUGACCUUACCACUAAACCAAAGGCCACUUCAGGCUCUUCGGUGAAAAAAUCUCACCUCAGCUGUGGCUUACCUCCAACACCCCUCAUCAUGGGUGAUUUACCAGGCCAAGGAUCUGGAAAAACUAUGUUAUGGACCAUAAUGAACAAAGGAUCACCACCUUCAAGCACCGGUAUGACCAGUUCAUCUUCACCGCCUUCAUCUUCACCUCCUUCCAUCACUUCAUCACCCCCUUCAUCCCAAAUAUCUUCAUCAUCUCCAACUUCAUGUGAACCCAAUGGCUCUGGUGAAGGAUCCAUAGUAAAUGGUUCAUCCAACGGUUCUUCUCGCGAUCAUCAUAGUCUUCAUCAUCACUCGUCUAUUAAUAGCUAUGGAUCUUUAGUUCCUUACAAUUUUUCUGCUAAUAAUGACACCAAUGGAUCUGAUGUUGGUUCAAAUGGAAGGGAAAACGGUAAUGUUCGUGGAGAUCGAUCCAACAAUAAUACUUGUAAUGGUAGCACCAAUGGUAAUUGCACAUCCAAUGGAAACCACUCAACCAAUGAUCAUCUUCACCGAAUCAAUCAUCCACAUUUUCUUGUUCAUCCAUCUUCCUCGUCACCUUCACAUCACCAUUCACUCUCCUCUUUGGCCACUUCCCUCGCCAAUUCGCCCUCUUCAACCGGACAUUUACUGGGUCAUCUUCCCAGUUCAUCUUUACCUCUAGCCUUACCCUCAUCAUCCUCUUCAUCCACCUCAUCGCCACCCUCAUCCGGUUUACUGUGCACAUCAAAUUCAGUAGCAGCAGCCGCUGCCGCUGCGGCUGCCAUGGGUAACCUCAUCUCAUCCACUCCAACUUCAUCGUCAUCAUCUGACAUGAAAUGCAUGAUUUGUGAUGACAAAGCAACUGGACUUCACUACGGCAUAAUUACAUGCGAAGGUUGUAAAGGUUUCUUCAAACGAACAGUACAAAAUAAACGAGUUUAUGUUUGCGUUGCUGAGGGUCAAUGUGCUAUUACUAAACAACAGCGUAAUCGGUGUCAAUACUGUAGAUUUCAAAAGUGCCUACGACAAGGAAUGGUGUUAGCGGCUGUUCGUGAAGACCGAAUGCCCGGUGGACGAAAUUCUGGAGCUGUUUAUAAUUUAUAUAAAGUGAAAUAUAAAAAGCAUAAGAAACAAGCCAAUGGUUCAGGGCCCAACGGAAAUAGUUCAUCUGUUUCAUCAAUGAAUACCAAUGGUAAUUCCAAUGGUAAUGCAUCAAUGGUUAAUGGUACCAUUAACGGGAAAACCUCGACAUCGCCUUCUUCCUCUUCUUCUUCAUCUCCCUCUUCACUUUCCAAUGGACUUUCAACUCACAAUGGCAAUGGAAGUUUAUCCAUUGCAUUGGGUCAAACAAGUCUCAAUAGCACCAAUGGUACCAAUGGAAGAGGUUCAGGUCCAGGAAAUGAUUCAGGAUCCAAUUCAAUGUUCAUUUCCAGUCUUGGUUCAACAGCAAAUUCAACUGGUAGCCAUGGAUGUCCACCGAGUCCAUUAAAUAGUCCAUCCUCUAACAUGAAUAUACUCAAGUCAGCAUUAACAUCGCCUUAUCCGAUCAACAACCACCAUCUUCACCAUCAUCAUCUAGUUAUCAAUAAUAACAACACCAAUCAUCAUCUUAACCAUCAUCUCAAUGGAGGUAACAAUAGCAGUAAUAAUAAUUCGAGUAACCCUAAUAGUCAUGGAAUGUCCAAUGGAAAUAGUAACCACAGUUUAUUUGAUGGGUCAACUAAUCAUACCACCAACAACAGCCUAAGUCAUAAUAACAACAAUAAUAAUAAUUACGACCUCGUCCUCGUUGAUUGUAAUUCAUCUCGAAGUAAAAAUUCAUUCGAGAUGAGGGAUCAUCACCUUUUGUCUUCAGUUCGUAAAGAAUUGUCUAGCAAAGAAAUUCAUGAAAUUAUAUUGGAAUUGAUUCAAGUUGAUGACUUUAAUGAAGUCAUGGAGGAUGUUAACUUUGUUAACCAUGAAUUGGAUGAUGAAGAAGAAAUGAAGAUUAAAAAUGAAGAAGAAGAUGAAGGUGUUGAAGAAGACGAAGAAUUGGAUGAUCGAGAAGAGAAUCGAAGUAAAGUGAAAAAACUGAUUAUGACGAUUGGUUCUCGAACUAUCGAUGGUAAAAAUAAACAAGAGCUUACACUUAACGAUAAAUUGUGUUCCAUUGGCGAUUCCAUUGUCUAUAAACUAGUCCAAUGGACAAAGAAAUUACCUUUUUAUGAUUCACUGCCUGUCCAAAGUCAUACAAUGUUAUUAACACAUAAAUGGCAUUCAUUGUUAGUGUUAACUUUUUGCGCUUACCAAAUUUUAAAAGAAUCUAAUUCAAAUAAUAAUGGCUAUUCGUCUACUGUCCUAAGUCAUGGUCUCAAUGGUAAUGGUCAUCAUAAUGGGAAACGUUAUGAUGACGAUGAUUUUGGAGACGAUGAAGAUGAAGAUGAUAGAAUCUAUGAAGAAUCUGAUGAAGAACUUCAAAGAGAAAUGAGAUUAUCAAUGCAAAAGUUGAUCAACUGUUUAGAUAAAAUUGUUCAACGAAGAACCAGACGAGAAGAAGACAAUUUAACUUUGGACAGUUUGGAAAAAGAGUCUCGAUUGCUGAUAGAGUAUUUGUGUAAAGUAAAGUUAUAUUUAAAGUCAAUUAAUUUAAAGAUGGAGGAAUACGUUUUAUUGAAAGUCAUCAUCAUGACCAUGAUGACAAGUGAGAAAAGACAGGAACUGUUAUCUGAAAGAGAAGCUGCUGGUCUAGAUAUUAUUGAGAGAAUAAACUGUAAAUAUCUGAAUGUCCUGAGUUGCUAUUCAUCGCCAUCGAGAUACAAGAUGAUCCUCAGAUCAAUUCAUUUGAUUGAAAAAUGUGCAACCAUUUUGUUGGAUUCAAAGAUGUUCUAUGUUCCAUUUUUACUGACCUCAAACAUAUGAUCAGUAGUCAUGAAAGAUUCACAACUGAACACACCAAAUUAGAAUCUGUUCAUCACCUGCUUUAUUAUUACCAAACAAAAUUAUCACAAAAUUAAAUUGAUUGUUGGACAAGUUACAAGUUAAAGAUUGUUGUUAAUUAUAUAAAUACCACCAGAAAGCAUUAACAUCAUCAAUUAGGAUUAUUUGAAUUGUGACACAAAGUAAACUCAUGCACAUCUCUAAUCACACAAUUGACUUUAUAAAAAUAAAUUUAUAAAUUGCCUCACUCUCAUCAUUAUCCACAUUAAACCAUAAUCAUGAUUAUCAUCAUCAUCAUCAUCAUCAUUUACUCAAAAUCAUUCACAGGCAACUCGUAAUCACACAUAUAAAUAUAUUGAAAUAAAAUGAUAUUUAUAUAUAUUAUUGAUUAACAGAGUUAAUCAAACUUGGAAGAGAUGAAUUGACUCGAUUGUUUUCUGUUCUCAAACUCAUUUCUUUUAUUUUUAGUCUGUUUUUGGUUUCCAUCUCCAUCUUCACCACAAUUAUCAUCACUUACAUCACAAUUUUUUUGUCUUCAACAAUUUUUUGUUCGCCAUCACCAACAUCAUCAUCUUCAUCUUCAUCAUGAUCAUCAUUCGAUAAAGAAAUUAUUAAAGCCUUCUGGAGGUGGAAAAAUUAAAGAAUUAAAGUUAAAAUUAUACAGAAUUUAUGAUGAAGUGAUAAUUAGGAGAGUGAGAGCAACAAUCCAUUUAUUUCUGCUGUUUCUUGGAGAAAACUCUUGUUCUUUAAUGGAUUUCGUCUACAAAAAUGAGAAAUGAAUUGUUAAAAGUUUCAUAUGAUUGAUUAACUAACUGUAAAUGUUUAUGUUUAAAUGGCAAACAAAUCAAUCAGAUUAAGAUUAUCCCGUCCCUUCUCUCGCUUCUAAAGACAAAAAACAUUUCUCUUGUUAUUAUUACCAAUCAAUCCUUUCAAUUUUUUUCAUCUUCAUUCAUCCUUUUAAUUUCAUCUUUUCACUUUCAUCUUCUUCACCUUUUUUGUGAUUUUUAUUAACUGAUGAUAAUGAAACCAUCAAAACCUUUUUCUCACUUUCCUUUCACUCUUUCUCUGUUAUUACAACAAUUG